UUGAACGUGUUUGUUUUUUUUUUUUGUUUAAAUGUUAUCGGUUUUAAAAUAAUAAUUGUUUUACGUAUUUUAACUCAAUUCAUUGUAACACAUUGCAAUGAAUGGUUAUAUUGAAGCGCAGUGUUUAGGCGCUUACCGUCUUUUGGUUAAGAAUUAUAAUAAGUUAUUUGAUAAAAAUUUGUGUUUAAAAUCGGAAAUCCAACAUUCUCAACUAAACGUAAGAAGAAAUAAAAAGUUAUUUGAAUUGAGAAAAAAGAGUAUUUAUAAUACUCUUCUAUGUCGAAUUAAACGUGAAAAAUAUCAUUUAAAGAAAAUAGAGCAGUUAAAAUGUAAAUUGUGUACAAAGGACUAUGAUAUAAACACGCUGAAACAUAUACAAGACUUGGACAAGGAGAAAAUAGAAGCAUAUAAGGCAUGCUUAUUUUAUAAUGUCCAGUCAUAUUAUAGAUAUUAGAAAAAUAAUAAAAU